UGAAUAAGUUGUUAAACGCAGAAUGAAGAAGAGAAGCUAACAAGGCUGCUUGGAAGUUAAAUUCACGUCGGGGAAAAAAGCAAUUCAGCGAGUCGAGCAGUGGCAUUCAUCGUUUCCCUCCGUCCACACAGAGGUGUUCAAGACUCCAUGUGAUGGUGUGACGAUGGGACAAGGUGGUGUUGGGUGUGACUGCAGCCCUGGAGGCUGAUGAACCUGCUCCAUUGGCCAGUCAGGAUGCACAUAGCUUCAGUGGGUGUCAGCAAGUUCUGCUUCCUGUUCUCCCUUGCAUUCUGUGGGCUCUUGCUUCUGUUAAUCCCGGCCUUCCAGCCCCCAGCUCUUCAGGUGGACCUGCCUCAGCCCCGACCUCAAAUCAGACCCACACAUGCAGGCUCAUCACACCAGACCAGGGUACCAGCAGUGUCUGUCCUUGCUGGGGCAACUGACACAGCCACAGGGCUAAAUGGAAGCUCAUUGGGCCAAGGGGAAACCAUGGAGAUGGAAGUUACCGGGGGAGAUAAUUAUAGACUGGUGGACUCUCCAAAAAGCAUUGACAGAGGGGCUUUUCCUGCAUGGAAAGCUGGUGGACCUUUAGGAUCUACAUCCCAUGACCCAUUAGAGUUGAAGGACAUUUUUAUUGCUGUGAAAACUACCAAGAAGUACCACAAGUCCCGACUGGAGCUGCUAAUUCACACCUGGGUUUCUCAAGCUAAAGAACAUACCUUCAUGUUCACUGAUGGUGAGGACAACGAGCUGCGGAUGAGAACAGGAGCCAACAUCAUCAACACAAACUGCUCAGCAGCUCACACCCGCCAGGCUUUGUGCUGCAAGAUGUCUGUGGAGUAUGACAAAUUCAUUGAGUCUCAGAAAAAGUGGUUCUGCCAUGUGGAUGAUGAUAACUAUGUGAUUCUGCCCAGCUUAUUGCGGAUGCUGUCCUCCUACCACCACAGCCAGGAUGUCUACCUGGGCCGGCCCAGUCUGGAUCACCCUAUAGAGGCUUCAGAGAGAGUCAAGAGUGACGGAUCAGUGUCUGUUAAGUUCUGGUUCGCCACAGGUGGAGCUGGUUUCUGUAUCAGCAGAGGUCUGGCACUGAAAAUGAGCCCCUGGGCCAGUUUAGGGAAUUUCAUCAGCACAGCAGAAAAGAUCCGACUCCCAGACGACUGCACCAUCGGCUACAUCAUUGAGGCGCUGCUGGAGGUCUCCCUCACACACACACACCUCUUCCAUUCUCACCUGGAGAACUUGCAGAAGCUGCCCACUGACUCUCUCCUGGAGCAGGUGACUCUCAGCUACGGAGGUUUUGAGAACAGAAGAAAUGUGGUCAGUUUUGUUGGAGGAUUUUCACUGGUUGAAGAUCCCACAAGGUUUAAGACAGUCCACUGCCAUCUGUAUCCAAUUACUGACUGGUGUCCAAAGAUCAAACCUCGCCACAAAAACUGAACGCCACAGUGUUUUAAUUGUGCAGCACUGACACUUGCUGGAGCUUUGCCUCACUCUGCCAUGUUUGGGUGAAGCCACGUGUAGCUGGGAAUUCCUCACGUGUCAUGAAGUGGAUGCCUUCACCCAAAGCAGCCUCACCUCAUGCUUCAUGAAAGCCCAUUGCUAUUGUGAGAAGCUUUUAAAUCGGCAGAGCUGAAUCUAACAUGUGGAACCAAAGAAGGACCUUUUCUGGCUAACAGAGCAUGAGAGUGGAUGAAGCCAUUAGUGUCUGGAGCUACAUUUGUAAAUGAGCUUUUGAAAGUUGACUUAACGUAACAGUGCCCAUGUUAAUUAAGCCAAUUUAUAAGUUCAUGACACUGUGUAGAACUUUUUUUCAUUUGAUACAUGUUGUUAAAUUACUUACCAAGUGUUUCCUCCAAGUCAUGUGAUGUGUGUUUUAAUAAUGGUACAUUUUCCUAUUCCUGUUGACAAGGUAUCAAUGAAGCAUAAGACAAUGUUCCCUUUGCCAUUGCAGUCAGAAACUAACUCUGCAACAUGGUUUCUAAAUUGACCUAAUAUAGAAGAGGAAAUUAAAGCGGCUGAAUUUAGUCCAAGUUUUAAAAAGCUCACCCUCUGAACUUCUCUUCUGAUGGUAUGUGUCUUGGAUGUUUGAAUUAUGUUCAAUGAAGCAGUUUUUUUGUACCAAUAGAUUUUCAUGCCCAUCCAAGUGCAAGCUUUCAGUUGGCCAGUCAUCUUAUGUAGCUAACCCUAACCCUGGAGAUUCCUGUAACCUUAGCCUGUCCCAGUAAAUUCUGCUAUUUGACAGGUUAAGUGAAACGACAGAGGAAGGAUCCAAGUCAUUUUCUGUGGCAUAGUUACAAAGGCAUCGAUUGGAAAAGACUAAACCCUUCCUCUCUUCCUAACCAUAGACAUGCACUCUCAGUUAUCUACAGCAGCUAUUUAGCUAUGGGUCACUGUGAUGCAAUACUUUUAUAGAGCAAGUUAAUACCAGGAUUCUGCGGGCCAGCUUCAACAACUCAAGUUGGAGUUUUUGUUCUGGCAGUUGUUUGCAUGACAGCAACCUUACACGGGACAACCCUAAGGAAGGCCUCUGCCACAGCUCAGUCCAAAUGACACACAAAGAUGGAAAUUUCAAAGCAAAAAGAUUUGACUGCAAUCUGCUUCUGUCACUGGUUCAAUGAUAAAUGCAGGAAGUGGGAAAAAAUACGCUGAUCCACUUUUGUUUAACUUUAACAGUAGAGCAGCAUGCUGGGCCAGGUUACUGAGGAGAGUCAAGUAAAAACUCAUAUGCUGCCACGUGGUUCUAGAUGACCAUAAAAUAAGUCACUGCACGAUUUCCAGCUUGUCUUGUGCUCUGAAGUGUGAUGGCUCUGAGGUUGUUAAUACCUAUGAUACAAUCAGGUAGAAGCCCUUGUAUGUGAAGGAGGCUACAGUGUUAUUAUGACAUACUCGGCAACAAAUCAGUUGGUUUUUUCAAGUUAAUUUCAUCUCCUUGUUCGGUUACUGCUGAUGUGACGUGACCGCCCAAAGUCAACAUAGCAUCACUAUGGUUUCCUGUAGUGAAAAAUGAUUGAGGUACUUUAAAUGGGCCUGAGUGUGUAUUUAAGUUUUUAUCUCUUUCUUUCAAAUAUGAACUGCAGUUUAAUCAAUUUAAAAUAAUGUAGACUGUGCUGUUUGCGCUACUGUGUGUGCACAUUUAUUUCAGUCUGUUACUGUCCUGUCCCUCAUGUUCUCAGCCUAACACCCUCUCCCUGUUUCCUACUGGUCCCUAUCUAUGGUUUUGCACUACGUUGACUGUAUCGCUUCCUAUAAGUUACUGACUGUAGCUAAAUGUCUAAAUUAGUUCAUGUUUUUGUAGGCUCUUGUAUAUUCUUUUAUUUUUUCGUAGGUUGUAAGUGUAGCUCUGUGGUCAACUCUGAGACGUGGUCAAGAGGAGGAAGGAAUAGCAACUUAACCAUGUGACUUAAAUGGGUGGAGCCAAAGAACAUCUCAACGUUUGCUAUGAAGGGUCCCCGAGGAUGGUUGCUAAUAAUUGACUGUUUAGUCCUAACUUGAAGUUUCCUGGUCGAUGAUUAGGUUUCUGAUGAGCUAACGCUACAGUGAAACCCUGCUUGACCUACCUGAGGAAAGGCCUUUACUGCCACAGCCAUGCUUUAGUUUUAGAAAUGGGAAAAUUAAAAUCUCUGGGACCAUUAUAUCAGAGCUAGACCUUCUUUGAAAUACAGGUUUGUGGCAUUGACUUAAUAAACUGGUUCAUUUGGCAGCACCCACACAUGUUACACAAUCCAGCCGCAGUAUUUGUGCCUGUAAAAUGUUUUGUUUUAAACAGCUGUCCUCCUUUUUCCACACAGACAAAAUCAAAAAUGCAGAGCUUGUGUGUCACUGCAGGUCAGUGAGUGAGCCUGAAGGACAGAGGUUGUUCAACUGUUUACCGCUGAUGUAUUAUUUUGUACUAAGAAUAAAAUCUUCCUACAUUCUCAA